AUGUCUACAAAUACUUCCGCACAAUUAACUAAUCCCUAUCCGUAUGAGCCACCGGCCAAUUUUUUAGAAAUUGAAGUGCUCAAUCCAGAAAUACACGGUUUUGGUAGUAAACGUUAUAUUGAUUAUGAAAUUCGAAUGAAAACAAAUUUACCAAUAUUUCGUUUAAAAGAAUGUACUGUUCGACGACGUUAUCGUGAUUUUGAAUGGUUAAGAAAAGAAUUGGAUCGUGAUAGUAAAGUUGUGGUACCCGAUUUACCAGAAAAAGCAUGGACAAGACAAUUGCCAUUUCGUAAAGAUGAAGGAUUAUUUCAAGAGGAUUUUAUUGAAGAAAGACGAAAAGGUUUGGAAAAAUUUAUAAACAAAAUUAGCAGUCAUCCAUUGGCACAAAAUGAACGGUCAUUACAUGUGUUUUUGCAAGAACCAUCCAUUGAUCUUGAUAAAUACGUUCCAGGAAAAAUGAAAACUGUUAAUUAA